AUGAAAGGGGAAUUUAUCGUAUCGUCGAGGUCGUAUAUCGAUCGUGAGAGCUCGGUUGGUCGCGCAGCCCUCGCUACAUUCGAGGUAGCACCCGUAAUCGAUCACAGCUUAACACAUUUCACAGCACUCGAUGCACUCGAAGCAGCAUUCGCAGGAUUCCUCACACAGGAAGCAGCAGCAAAGCGUGGCCAGGCUAGAUGGGCUGCUGGGGGUAUCCCUGGGGAGGAUAACCACCCUGCGGAGGCGGAUAGCCCUGGGGAGGGUACCUGUGCGGAGACCAAGUCAGAACAAUGCGCAAAUCCGGGGUAUGAUCCCAGGAAGAAAAAGACCAGUGUCGAAAAGCUUGGUAACAAGCCAGUCUCAAGACGGGUUCCUGAACCAACACGCCGCGGUCGCUUUGAAUCCGAAUGGCCGGUGCAAAAACCACAGGAGAUCGGGCGCAAUGGAGGGCGAAAGACUUACGCCUGGGGCGGGGGAGGAGGGCCGUUGUAGUAUCCGGGAGCGCUCAUUGUGAAGGAAAAGAGUCUGUGUGUAGGAAUAAA